GGCAGGGUUGUAUUCUGCUCAUGAAUCGCAUGAAUCGGUGUCAGUACCUACAGAAAGUGCCAUCGCAAUGAUGUUGAUUAGGCAACGGAUCGGAGCUAUUUACCGGAUUACCGGCAUCAGUAUUCGCACCUGCAUGAAAGACACCAAAGAAGGACAUCGUCCAGAAGUUGAAGAUGAUUCGGAUAAUGGUGAACAAAAGCAAAAAAGUUCCGAAACAAGAUUGGCUUUGCGAACUCCACUCUUCGAGCACGUCGCCAACAAGGACAAGAAAACCUAUACCGAAAUGGUACGCGUCUUCGAAAGUCGUAGCGUUCACAGGAGGAACCAUGUAGAAUUCAUCUAUGCAGCAUUGAAGCACAUGGAAGAAUUCGGGGUGCAUAAAGAUCUGGAAGUGUAUAAAACUCUGAUCAACGUUAUGCCGAAGGGUAAAUUCAUACCGACGAACAUCUUCCAGGCCGAGUUUAUGCACUACCCAAGGCAACAGCAGGUCAUUAUCGAUCUGCUCGAACAGAUGGAAGACAAUGGUGUCAUUCCGGACUACGAGAUGGAAUCGAUGUUGGUCAACGUGUUCGGUAAAAAAGGCCACCCCGUGCGCAAAUAUUGGCGCAUGAUGUACUGGAUGCCGAAGUUUAAGAAUCUGUCCCCGUGGCCAGUACCCAAUCCGGUCCCGGAUGAGUCGUUGGAGCUGGCCAAGCUAGCUGUAGAACGGAUGUGCUCUGUGGACUUGUUAUCCCAAAUUACACAGUUCAGCACGGAGGAUGUGCCAGACGCGUUGGAUCACACCUGGAUCGUCAGCGGACAAAGCUCAGAACAACAGAACCUUUUGUCUCAACAUCAGCAGAAGCCGGUCUUCAUCGAGGGACCUUUUGUGAUAUGGCUAAGGAAUCGCUCAAUCAAUUAUUUCCUGCUGAAAAGCGAAUCGAAUCCUCCGGCACCGAAGGAUGAUGAAGAUCAAGACGAUGUAAGAAACCUUCAUAUUCCGUUUGUGGGCUUAGGAAUGCUUCACUCGCAAGCGCCUCCGAAGAAUAAGGUAGCUCUACAACGAUCCGUUCACGUGCAGGACGAUGGUACGAUUUUUGCUAUCUGCUGCACCGGAACGUCCACAAAGGAUUCUCUCCUUUCGUGGGUUCGAUUGUUGGAGAAACAUGGGAAUGCAAGCCUGGAACGUAUGCCGGUGCUCUUCAAGUUUACGUCACAAAUGCCAGAUCAGUUGAAGGUCGAAGCUCCACACGGGAGAGGAGAUAACGGCGAUGGAGUCACCGAGGAAGACAAAUUGGGGUCGUAAGGUGGCUUAGGUAAGGCUAAUUACAUUAUUAUGUGUAAAUAAUUAAUAGAUGAUUUUAUAUUUUGCUUGUGACAAGCUAGUGCUUGAACGAAGAAUAUGAAGAAAUGAAAUUGUUUUUUUUAAACGAC